CUUUUGUACUUUCGACCGUCGACUGGUGUUUUCCGAAAAAUGGCAGCGCUCAUCAAAGGUUUAAAGUUAGCCAGCCAAAUUUCCUCCAAAAAUCCAGCCUUAUUCGUGUUGGCUGCGCGAAACGCUCACGGCUGGAACAAAGACUUCAAAGCGGGCAAAUGUCCGGAAACGGAUAAGGAGCGUGAAGCGGCUGCCCGGAAAUAUGGCCUCCAUCCAUCGGAAUAUCAACCUUACCCAAACGAUGGCACCGGUAUUGGAGAUUAUCCGAAAUUGCCGGAUGUGGCGGUAGAAGCGCGUGAUCCCUACUAUCCGUACGAUUUUCCCGAACUGAAGAGAAAUCUGCACGAUACGCUCCAUGCAGACACACCCCUCUGGUCCGAAGAUCGUUUCGGUACCGCCGAACCGACACGCUUUUCGAUGAAGUUUUACUGGCUAUCGUUCACGGGUGUUUUGGCUGGAUGUUUUGCCGUGUACUAUUGGCUAGAAAAUUACAGAAUGUUCCGACCGGUGGUGGCCAAGCAGUAUCCGCGCGAUGGCACUCACUACUCAUUCGAGACAAAGUGAACGGGUACUGAACGCAGUUUGUUUAGAUGAUUCGAUUGCUGUGGGGGGGGAGAGUUGAAUCAAGUUCUUUGAAAUCGUUUAACUACAUAACACUACCGAUUGUUUCUAAUAAUAGUGCAACAUGUCAUUUGGAUGGUUGAUAAAUUACACUGUAGGAGCCGGAAGAGUGCACUCGUGCACGCCAUUCUGCCAUGAUGCUAAAAUAUGUAAAUAAAUUGGUGGAAAAGGAA